CUUUAAAUAGCCGAGCUCAGCGUCGACAAACAUCACAUUCAGACUCGAAACAAACUGAGAAAAUGAAGCUCACCUUGAUUGUCCUCCUCGUUGCCAGUGUUUUCGUCUCGGAGAUCCGCUCCGCUCCAUACGGCAAAAAGACAGCGGCUGCCGAAAGUAAUGAAAAUGAAGAAGCUGCAUCCGCAGAAGCCAACAAGGAAGAAUCUUCUAAAUCCUCUUAUUCCGACAAAGCCGACAAGGCCGACAAGGCCUCUUAUUCCGCACCAGCAAAAGAAGCUUCUUAUUCCGCACCAGCUGAAGCACCAGCAGCUGAAGCCGCUUACUCCGCACCGGCCGUUGAGGUUGCAGCCGUCGCUGAAGUUGUAGCUGCUCCGGCCGUUGAAGCCGUUGCCGCUGUCGAAACGUCGGCUAUCGCCGCACCAGAAACCGUCGCAGCCCCAGUUGCGGAAGCUGCCACCACUUACACAGCGACCGUUUACAGAGCCGCACGAUCACCCACCGUUGCCGUUGCCGCCGCUCCAGUCGUUGAUGUGGCCGCCACAGCCGGCGCUGCUACCGCCAGCAUCGGUUACACCGGCCGUGCCAGAUGCGUCCUCAACGUCUGCGUUCCAGAACCCAUUUCUGCUGAAGUCGUGUCCGCUGAAGUCGGAGUUGCCGCUGCGGCCGCUGCUGCCCCCGCUGUCGUUGCUGUUCCCGCCGUAGUUAAACGAUCACCCACCGUUGCCGCAGGUGCUACCGCCGUCACAUCCGCCGCACCGUUGACCCUCACCCAAGGCGCUGCUGCUACCGGCUACACCGGUGGCGCUACUUGCGUCAACGAUGUCUGCGUUCCAGAACCCAUUUCCGCUGAAGUUCUGUCCGCCGAAGUCGGAGUCACCGCCACCGCUGCCGCUUCUUCCGUUUCUGCUCCAGCUGCUGUCGCCGUUGUUAAACGAUCGCCCACUGUUGCCGCUGCCGGAGCUACCACCGUCGCUGCCGCCGCACCGUUGACCCUCACUCAAGGCGCUACUGCUACCGGCUACACCGGAGGCGCUACCUGCGUCAACGAUGUUUGCGUUCCAGAACCCAUUUCUGUUGAAGUUCUGUCCGCUGAAGUCGGAGUCACCGCCACCGCUGCCGCCUCUUCCGUUUCUGCUCCAGCUGCUGCUGCUGCCGUUAAGCGAUCGCCCACCGUUGCCGCUGCCGGAGCUACCACCGUUGCUGCCGCCGUACCGUUGAUCCUAACCCAAGGCGCGGCUGCUACCGGCUACACCGGUGGCGCUACUUGCGUCAAUGAUGUCUGCGUUCCCGAGCCGAUUUCCGCCGAGGUUCUAUCGGCCGAAGUCGGUGUAGCUGCCGCAGCCUCCGCAUCAGCAUCAUCCGCUGCCCCAGCAGCUGUCAUCAAGCGAGCGGACACGGUUCCAGUGUCUGCUGCUCUUUACUAUUAAGAGAUGCAUUUUAAUUAAAGAUUUGUCUUAAUUUCAAAGUAUUAGGAUUUUUAUAGCAAGGAUGGUGCAACUUGGGUGCAUCAUCGAUAUUCUUCCUUACCGUGUUUGUCUUUAAUGGAGAUUCAAAAUAUUAAUAUAUAUUAAUCAAAAAUACCUUAUUACCGAAAAUUCACCUGCCAUUCAGAAAGAAUACACGUUUUCGGCUCCAA